UAACGCAUUGCGGUGUUCUAUAAAUAUCUAUAAACUUGUUCGCCUUCACAGGUGAUACCUAAGUAACCUUUGUACAUAAAAUGGACAUUUUACUAUUUAUAUAUUUCCUUGCUCUCUACGUCAUCGAUAUAAGUGAAGCUGCAUCUUCAACAGAGCCGCCAUGUGUUCCGGAUACAUCACAUAGGGAUAGUUGGCGGAAAGAGGAUUUUCCAAACCCUCAGAUUAACAUUGAUAAAUGUGGGAGGAAUUGUAAAAAAUCAUGGAUUUGUGACCCGAGUCAUAUUUUAUCAAGAUCGGCAGGUGAUGAGUUAGACGAGCUUAUAGAGAGAGUCUCAAAUUCCGGUAAAUGUAGAUGUUCCCAAUGUUCCUAUCGAGAUGGUUACAACAUCGCUGUUGCUAUAGUCCCGUCUAUGAGUUAUUCGGGAUCUUCCAAAGCUGCAGCACAAAGUUUUGCAUAUUAUCUAAGAGUGAAUUGGGACUUUGAGGAAUGUGACAACAAUGUAGUUAUAUUUGUAUCACGUGACGAUAGAAAGGUAUACACAGAAUCUGGACCAACAGCGUAUAAAAUCUUAACAACAGAGUGUGUUGAGGAAGUUUACAAUAGAGUAAAACCUAAGUUAUCAGAAGGAUGGUAUAGUAGCGCAUUAAAUGAAAUGAUAGAUCAGUACAAAACUAUAUUUGAACGUGGUAACUGUGAACACAUCAAAGAUAACAGCUUAAGUGGGGGUGCUAUAGCAGGGAUCGUGAUAGGUGCUUUAUCAGGUGUAGGAAUCAUAGCUAUUAUUACUUGUUGUUGCUGUGGAUGUUGCUCCGGUGGUUCUGGUUCCGGAGGGGGUCGAAGUGGAGGACAUCGCAGUUAUUUUCAUUCGUCAAGUAGCGGAGGUGGAGGUGGUGGUGGUGGUGGAUUUUUCGGAGGAGGCAGUGGAGAUGGUGGCGGAGGAGGAGGAGGAGAUUUCUAGAAGAAGAAACAGCAGCCAUUCAUAUUCUAUUAUAUAGACUAAAAGUGAUGUUUCAAAAGUCUUUCUCUCACGUGGCAAGAAGUAAACUAGAAAUGUGAGAGUUUUGUUGGCAGAAUGGGAAAACAGGAUGUGGCUACUUUUAAAUGCAGAGAAAACAACUUAGGAUAUACACGACCAGAUAACUAAUAAAGUAGUAGCCUUACUAGUGAUUACCAAGUACUAGUAACAUGAUCAUUAUGAUAUAUAAUAUUCGAUAUACAUAUAGUUUUAAUUUUUAUUUGAUAUACUCUACCGGUUUCAUAUUUUCAUAUAAAUUAUGUUAACCUUUUUUAUUACGUUUCACUCCUUAAAGUUUUUUACUUUUC